AGAGCUGUGGGACGAUGCCCUCCGCGACGGACCUCCCGAGGUCCUCCGAGCUGUGAUACAACGGGCUCGAAACAUCGCCGGAAUCAUCUUAGGGACCCUGGACUGAGGGUUCCUCCCACACUGCUCUCGCCAUUCAAAUAUUAUUAAUAAAGAUGUUUUACUCUCUCACGUUGCGCCGCCUUCCGCAGCAGUUCGUGUCGCCGCAGCGCUGUCGCAUGUGAGGGCGUCAAGACGACCGCAACCGCUUGAGCAGCGCCAGGGUUACCAGCAGUGCAGAGCGCGAGCAUUCAACACCACGUCAUUACUGGGAAAUGCUUACGCAGCAUUCAGACGAGUCCCUGUUGAGACGCUACGCUCUUCUUUCUUUUUUUUUUCAUUUUAUUUCUCUUUCUGCCUUCGGUUCGGUGGUGCGGGGUCACGUGACACAGACUUUCCGCUUUUUUUCUCUCUGUUUUCGGCGACACGGGGUGCGCGCCGACUGUCGGUCUCCUUAGCGUUCCCUAACUACAAUACGCUGCCGCACGCGCUGACGCAGCCGCCUGAUACCCGCUUCUGGGGGUGAAAAACAAGACUUCCGCGGUGUGACCGUGCCUCUCCCACAGUACGUUUAUUUAGAGCCGGUUUACACGGAAACAAGCCACGAUGUGAUCGCGGCUUCUCCUUUCGUUGACACGUGGCGCGCGCCUUCGCUCCGUUUCGAUAUCCAGCGCUAAAGUAACUUUAUUCCAGCGCGUGGCCAUACUUUAUUCCUGUGCAGGGGCGUGGCGCGAGGGCGGGAGGUGCGAGGAGAACUACGGGAUAGGAGAAACAGGCAACGCCAACGAGGAAGUUAUACCGAAAGAGAAGAACCAGGAAAAGACGUCUCCAGGAGAGCGGCCAGGCCGACCGACCGACCUCCCGAAGACGACGCCAGUUUCCAGGCAUCGCGGACAGGAGACCGGAUGAACAUUACAGCAGGAACGGUGAUGCCCGCCGAAGGGACGCAGGGCGUCAGGAAGGACGACGGAGCCGAGAUUCCGUCGACCGAAGAACUGGAGCAGCGGGCGAAUCCGCUGCGGCGCGACCUCGUCGCCAGCUGCCAGAGAGCGGCGGUGUGGCUCGUGUCGAUGGGGGUGGUACCUCGUCACGUGCUCAUGGUGCCGGACGGUCACCGGCGCUUCUCGAGGGCCACCGGCACCGACCUGCGCCGGGCGUACGACGUCGGGGUGCACAUGUGCGUCAAGCUGCGGGAAUGGUGCUUCCGUGCCGGAGUGGAUGUCAUAAGCGUCUCCGUGUUCACUGUGCGCAACUUACGCCGCAACGCGUUCGAGGUGACCUCUGUUCUGGACCAGGCGAAUCGGAUGCACGUCGAAGUCGUGGACAACGUAGGCGUCUACCGUGCCAGGGGAAUGCAGGUUGGCGCCUGCGGCGACCUCGAGCUGCUGCCCGAACAGUUGCGCUCAAGUCUGGCGCGUGCUGAGAUCGCCACAUCGAACAUGCGCGAAAACUGCCAAAAGAAGCAAAUAUCCUGCGCCGCAUACAACACCACGCACCAGAUGACCAGGAUGGCUCUGCAUCUGGCCAAGGCUGUCAAGGAAGGUGUCAUCCGGUCAGAGGACCUGACCAGCGAGUUCCUGGACGAGUACGUGGCGCUGACCGAGAGUCCCGAGACCGACCUGCUGCUGCGGUCGGGGGGCGACCAGCGGUUCAGCGACUUCCAGGUGCUGCAGUGCAACUACGCCUACUUCCACCUGGACGCCAAGCUGUGGCCCUCGGUGGGAUUCCUCGACUGAGCGCGAGUCAUGAUCCUCUUCCAGCUGCACUGGCCGGCUAUACAGGCCAUCAAGGAGAGGCACCGUCUAAUGGCUUCCUACGGCAGCGGCAGAUCGGAUCCCGAGCAAGUGAUUCGGCAGCGAACGUUCUUACGGCACCUCCACGCGGCUAACAUCCUCAACAUGGAACGGCUCGCUGGUCUCCGGAAAGACGUGGUUUGCCAAUAAAACUGUGUACCGGUUUUACUGCGAUAUAACGCCGCUAACACGGCAAACAGCGCAAGCGCGGAACAAGUAGACUGAAUACAAUGGAAAAACACAGACCGUUUUGGACCAGAGUUGCGGGUGUAGGGUCCUUCAUUACAUUCCCAAUCCCCUUCUGGAGUGUGGAGGACCCAGUGAUACAACUCACGUUAACUCCUCGGAAUGGUGGCACUUGCAUCAUUCUCACUGACUGUGUGACUGACUGUCAACCGUUUUCUAGAGACAUUCAGCCCAACAGUAUUAGCACGGUAACGUUUACUAAAGGGCACAUUCUCACAAUCUUGUGUACCUAUAAGUAAAAAUUGCAUAGUAACAUUUAUUCAAGUAACCUUAAUAAAGGAACAUCUCUCACAAUAUUUUGUGCCUGUAAA